UCGUGUCAGGAAAUGACUACAAGUCCCGUAAUAAUUGUGGGACGAACCGUUUCACCGCCUGACUUUACAAUACCAGGAUAGAGGUGACCCUUCCGUCUAGUCCGACUGAGCGCAGGGAGAACAGGCACCGCACACCGCAAGCACCGAACUAAAAUGGCUGAACCAAUCCGUGUUGUGGUGACCGGCGCUGCUGGCCAGAUUGCCUACUCCCUGCUGUACAGCAUCGCCAAGGGAGAUGUGUUCGGCAAGGACCAGCCAAUCAUCUUGAUCCUGCUGGACAUCCCCCCCAUGCUGCCGGUGCUGGAGGGAGUCGUCAUGGAGCUGCAGGACUGCGCCCUCCCACUGCUGAGGGAGGUCAUCCCCACUGACAAGGUGGAGGUGGGCUUCAAGGACAUCGACGCCGCCAUCUUGGUGGGCUCCAUGCCCAGGAAGGAGGGGAUGGAGAGGAAGGACCUGCUGAAGGCCAACGUGGCCAUCUUCAAGACUCAGGGGUCCGCCCUGGACAAGUACGCCAAGAAGACCGUCAAGGUCCUGGUGGUUGGAAACCCAGCGAACACCAACUGUCUGAUCGCCUCCAAGUCUGCUCCAUCCAUCCCCAAAGAGAACUUCUCCUGCCUGACCCGACUGGACCACAACAGAGCCUGCUCCCAGGUGGCGAUGCGUUGCAGCGUUUCCUCCGACAACGUGAAAAACGUCAUCAUCUGGGGAAACCACUCCUCCACCCAGUACCCCGACGUCCACCACGCCAAGGUCACCGUCCAGGGCAGCGAGAUGGGAGCCUACGAGGUCGUCAAGGACGACGCCUGGCUCAGAGGAGACUUCAUCUCUACAGUGCAGCAGCGCGGUGCAGCCGUCAUCAAGGCCAGGAAGCUGUCCAGCGCCAUGUCUGCCGCCAAGGCCAUCUGCGACCACAUGAGGGACAUCUGGUUCGGCACCAAGGAGGGUGAGUUCAUCUCUAUGGGCGUGUACGCUGCUGGGAACACCUACGGCAUCCCAGAGGACCUCAUCUACUCCUUCCCCGUCCAGAUCAAGAACAAGACCUGGAAGAUGAUUGACGGACUCUCCAUCAACGACUUCUCCCGCGCCAAGAUGGACGCCACAGCGGCCGAGCUGGUGGAGGAGCGAGACACCGCCCUGGACUUCCUGGGCCAGUGACUGUCGAGCCCCGCUGGCCAACAGCAGCACCAGCACCCGGACCACCUGAAGCCUGGCUGCUCGCGGCUCUGAAGAAGAAACCCACCACACUUAUUAACCGUCCCAGCUGCCGUCUGUGUGUGUGUGUGCGCGUGUGUGACGUGUGUGUGUGUGUCAGUGUGUGUCACGAGGCCACUUCUUCAGGUUUUCAGAAAGCCUGUUUAAAACCACAACCUGGCCUCCAUCCGCAAGACACUGAGAGAAUGUCUCAUUGGUAGAUGAUGACACACGCUAGCUGUUCAGAACCUGUAACGGAUCAAGUUAUCACCAAUAAAACAUCAAAGAAACUGACCGACCGACA